GUAAACAUCGUGCAACUCUUUCCAGACGAAAGGUGUUUUCCUUUCAUUCUUCGUCCGAUUUGGAGCAACCACAACAACCCCUGCACCCAGUAAGCAACCUUGACAACCACCUAUUCCGCGCAAAUCCAUUUAUCGAUAACACGGACAAAGUAAACAUGUAGACGAGGAAAGAACAAUAGAGGAAAAAUGGUGGACAAAGGGGAAUUGACAAAGACACCCUCACCCUUGAAUAUCAACGAGGCGAUCGAGGGAGAAGUGUUGAACCAAAAGACUGCUAGAAUACUUAAGAACGAUCUUUUGCUAUACGAAGCUGUAAUUAAGAAUGAAGCGGACACCGUUCGCAAGGUGCUCAAAGAAACCGUCGACGUCAACUCGAGGAACAAUUACGGUAGAGCACCGAUUCAUUGGGCUGCGUCCAGAGGAAACACAGAGAUCAUCGAGAUGCUGAUACAAGCGAAAUGUGACAUCGAAGCUAGAGACAAGUUCGGUAUGCGUCCAUUGCACAUGGCCGCGCGGUAUGGACACAGGGAUGCCGUGAAAAUGUUAAUCAACGCUGGAGCGAGCGUGUCGGCAAUGAAUAAGAAACAACAUACCCUUUUAAUGUGCGCUGCUCGGGGCAACAACAUUCGUGUCGUCGAAUACCUUGCGGAGGCCGUGGAAUCGUUGAACGGGGAUGCAACGGAUUGCACUGGUGCGACUGCACUUCAUCAUGCAGCCAGUGCUGGUCAUCCGGCUAUGAUAACCGCCCUCUCCAAUAUAUCAAGGAUCGAGCUGAAUGCCACGGAUAAAAAAGGACAAACACCGAUACACUGUGCCUGUGCAGAGGAGCAUUUGGAAGCUGUCGAGGUUUUAAUAGGGCUCGGAGCAAAUGUGGACGCCCAGGACAGCGAAGGAAACACCCCGCUACACGUAGCCACGAGAACGAGGCACACAGCCAUAGCUCAAUUGUUGCUAAAAGCCGGAGCGAACACCGAAAUAACUGACGAAGUAAAUAACCCCAAAGAAAAUUCUGAUACUACAAAAUAUAUUAAAAAUCGACCACCUUGUUUGCGUUUUGUAGAUGGGCUUCACUCCGCUGCACGUCGCCGCGAGUCAGGGCUGCAAAGGGAUAUUAGACUCGAUGAUUCAACAUGGCGCCGCGCUCAACAAACAGUGCAAGGUAUUCUCGAGCCAUGUUCGAAAUCGAACAACUUACCAUGGCCACUAUUCGGUUUACAGUACGGGAACACGCCUUUGCACUUGGCCUGCCAGAACAACGAAGUAGAAACGGUCGAGAUACUGAUCAAUAAGGGUGUCGAUUUGAACUGUUUGAAUUCGGUGCGUACAAUCGAUACUCUUAGUCGGAUUUUUAUUCAUCCGUCGUUUCUUCUGCAGAGACUACAGUCGCCCAUUCAUAUCGCCGCCGAGAUGGGACACACGGAUAUUUGCGAGCUAUUGCUUGCAGCAGGUGCGAAUAUCGAGCAAAGGGAACAGAGCGGCAGAACGCCACUUUAUAUCGCGGCGAGGGGUAGUUUCACGGCCAUCGUUGACAUGAUCAUUAAAACAGCGAGAUUGGACUAUCCCACACCGGAAGAUUCGACGACCGACAAGGAAAUUAGGGAUCUGACCCCGGCAAGAAGAAGGUGGCGCGAAGGAUCGAGGGGUGGAAGUAUCUCCAGUAACACCAGCGGUCUUCCGGAAUACGUUCGAUCGGUUCUCUGGAAAUUAGCCUAUAAGCAACUAGGUCCCGAAGACUGGAAGAAGCUGGCACUGCACUGGGCUUUCACGCAGGAUCAGAUUCGAGCUAUCGAGCAUCAGUACACGGCUCCUAUUAUAGGUCCUUCGAGCUACAAGGAACACGGUUUCCGGAUGCUGAUGAUAUGGGCUUCGGGAUUGAAUCCUGAAAUUCCUAUAACGAAAGAACUCUGUGAUGCUCUGUUUGCGGUAGAUAAAAAGUCUAUCGCGGAGUCUGUUCGCAAGCACAUGGACCAGGAGAAAGAGGGGAAAAUGAAGACGAAUAAACAGAGAUGCCAUAAAUGCUCCAUCGCGUAAAUCUACCGGGUUGCCAUUUCGUUUAAAAGCGCGAGAUUAAAGGAUAAGAACUUUGAAGGACGGGGAAAGGGACUUUCAUAGAGAAAGUUUUAGCGGCACGUUGUGACAUAUCUCUAUAGAUGCUCAUCUUACCUUUUUUACAGUAAGUUAUAUUAUGAAGUCGUGUUUCAUAGAGUAAUUAUUGUAUAGAGGAGAGGAAUAAUCAACGAGUUACACGAAUCAACGAAAGCUUUCGAUGUGUCGCGAAACCGAAAGGCAUUGAUUAGAAAAUGAGAAAUUACGUACAAAUCGUAGAGUCUGAUUUAACGUGGAUCGACCUUUUUUGUAUAAGUGAUUCAGAGUUAAUCUGAACUCGGUUUUGCCUUUAUUAAGAGAAAUUAUCAAUUUUCACGAUCAAAUAAACCGUCCUGUCUCGUUUCGUUAAUUGUAAUUCGAUCCUUGAAUUUUGUCAGUAUUUCAUAUUUUGUUAAAAAUAUAUAAAAAUACGUACCUUAGAGUAAGCGAAGUCGAAGCGAAGCUUUGCAGGGCUUUCGAUGUGAUAAAACGUAGAUUAGCCGAUGGUCAGGAACGAAAACGUAUCUCGAAGCUUUCAGUAAUCGUACGAUUCGAUAAAGACAAUCCACAUAUCCGAGAAUCAUGUACAAUUAAAUAAAUACGUAAUUGAAUGUGUACAUAUCUUCUCUCGUAACUCAUGCUCAAGUAGGAGGUACAAAUUCUAAUGUGGAAAAUAUUCAGUCGAAUUCAAUUUUCAGC